AUGGCAUCAACAGACAAUUCACCCCCCUCUGUCGUCCUGCCACAAGGCAGACUGCUUGGAACAACCUUGACAGACGCCUUGCCAUGUCGCAUCACAGCCUUUCUCGGUGUUCCGUAUGCGCUGCCCCCCGUAGGAGAGCGUCGGUUCCGGAGGCCGGUCAAGGUGCCAGCUUCCACAGACACUGUAGAUGCGUCGCGUUACGGCCCGGCUGCGCCCUGCAAGCAGUUGCUGGCCGGGGUGACAGCGCCGGGAGGCUACGAUGAGGAUUGCUUGACGGCGAAUAUCUUCCUUCGCGAGUCGGAGGCGGCGAAAUCGCCAUCUCCCAAGCCGGUCGCCAUAGUCAUCCAUGGCGGGGCUUUCAAUCGCGGAACCUCAUCAAUGCACAACACAGCAAGCAUGGUGGCAUGGUCGGAGAAGGACUUCAUCGGCGUGUCGUUCAACUACAGACUGGGCGCCCUGGGCUUCCUCCCAUCCAGUGUGACCGCCAAAGAGGGAGUUCUCAAUCUAGGGCUCCGAGACCAGGUACUGCUCAUGGAGUGGGUGCAGGAGAAUAUCGGCCGUUUUGGAGGAGACCCGGGCAAUGUCACCCUGAUCGGCCUGUCCGCCGGUGCCCAUGCGAUCGGCCACCAUAUGAUGAGUUUGCGCCAGAACGAGCCGCCGCUUUUCCACCGCGCAGUGAUGGAGUCUGGCUCUCCUACGUCCAGGGCUGUGCGGCCGUACAAUGCGCCGAUCCAUGAGCAGCAGUUCAAAGACUUUCUGCAGGAGGCGGGCUGUCCGGCCCACCUGGGCGAGGAUGAGAUACUCCCGUUCCUUCGCACAGUGAGCAGCAAGACCAUCACCGACGCACAGAACCGAGUCUUUGACAAGUACAAUCCGUCGCUGGCGUGGGCCUUCCAGCCGGUUAUUGACGGGGACAUCAUCCCCCGGCCGCCAAUCGAGACAUGGCGCCUGGGUGCCUGGGCAAGAGUCCCCGUCAUCACCGGCUUUUCGAGAAAUGAAGGGUCCCUGUAUGUCAAUAAGCAGAUGUCGCGCUCGAGCGAGUUCACGGAUUUCUUCCGCAACCUGCUCCCCCUGCUGCCAGAAUCGGACAUCACAGCCAUCGACGAGCUGUAUCCUGAUCCUGCGCAGCACAAGCACUCUCCCUAUCAAGAGACCAGGGCUGGUGUAGGGGAGCAGUACAAGAGGCUUGAAGCCGCGUACGCCCACUACGCCUACGUCGCUCCCGCCCGGCAAUCCGCAGAGGAGAUCGCGGCCGAUCACUCGGUGCCGGUCUACGUCUACCAGUGGGCAGCGGUCUCCUCUGUGAAUGGCGGCGCCCAGCAUGGAGACAACAUGCGUUAUGAGACGUGUGAUCCUGACAAAUGGGCAGUGAGUGACUCCCAUCAGAAGCUUUCCCAGACCUUUCACGCCUACAUCACCAGCUUCAUCACCACAGGGAGCCCGGAUGGGAUCCAAGGCCGGUGCAACGACAGGCCGCGGUGGGAGCCCUACGACAGCCAGAACCCCAAGGCGAUGCUCUUUGGGGAGGGCGAGGAGACGCUCGUUGGGGGGGGGGCGGGCAUCGCUGCACAAUGUGUAGCAGAUGAAUGGGGGCGUAAGGAAUGCGAAUUCUGGUGGUCAAGGGUUAAGCUGUCUCAACAAUAG